GAUAUCGUAUCCGGAAGCAAUGUGUUCGUGGCGUGAUUCCAAAGCGUUGGUGUCACGCGCUGCAGGGAGUGAAGGCGCGUCGCCGCGGCCCAACCUGUUGAGCAGGUGGCGCAGGUGGAGCAGGAUGAAGUUGGUGGUCGUCUUGUGCAGCCUCAGUGUGGCUGCAAUGUGUUUCAUGGUCUACCAAGCCGUGCGCCAGGAGCUCAAAAUUUAUCAUUUGAAAUCCCGCAUGCUGAUGAACGUGGUUGAGGUCAGGAAGAAAGAGGAGUCCAUUAUCGAAUUGCAAACCAAAAUCAAGGACAUGAAGGCGACGGUGUUGUCUGUCAACACGAAUAUCGAUGAGCUGAAGAAAAAGAAGGAAGAAAGCAACAAAUUAAAAGUGGACUCCGCUGACGGGCUGCAGAAAUGUAACAAGGAAAUGGAAGAUUAUCAGAAGAGGAAGGCGGAAAAGGAAGUGGCCAUCGUUAAACUCAAAGCGGAUCACGAGGCGGCUAAACAGAAAGCCGAAGCGGACGUUCAGGCCUUGAAAAAGCAGAUUUUGGAAAGAGACACAGCCAUUUGUGGGUUUGCAGACACAACCAAGGACGAAGUCAGGAAGCUGUGUGGAAUCGAAGGCGCUGAAAAAUAAAGUUGACUGAACGUUGAAUUACCGUGUAAUAAUAGAAGCAAGACAUGCCAAUGACAAUAUUUUUUUUUUUACCAUCACAGAUGCAAGUAUGGCGCUUUUUUUGUUCCUCAUAAGAAAGUAAAACCUGUGUUGAUUUCAAUAAAAUGCUGUUUGUAAAUCCGUUCAUCCAUAAA